UCAACUUGUUAAUUGUUAACUAAUAACAACCCCCAAUAUAGACUAACUACAUCAGCGAAAACAGCCGAAAUACAUGGAAUGUUGAGAGGUUGAAGAAGCUAAGCAAAUGAUAAAAGUUGGGAACAGCUGCAAUGGCGUCCGAGGCCUCUUCUUCUUCAUGCGUACUUUCCAGAACCUUCCAUUGUUGUAUUCAACUUUAACCAAGGAAGGUAACCCUACUUCUUCUUCUUCUUCUUCUUCUUCUUCUUCUUCUUCUUCUUCUUCUUCUUUGUUGCCCCAUUUCUUGGUUAAUUCUCUGGGUUUUACCAAGUAUUAUUCACUCACUACUGCUGCUAAGCUCGCUGAUAAAGUACCAGAAGGGAAGAUUGAUUUGAAUUUUGUUGAAAAUGUUGAUUCUGUAAUUCAAUUCUUUAAUCAACUUGGGUUUCAACAAUCUGAUAUUAGGAAAAUUGCUUGUCGUGAACCUCGGAUUUUAGUAUCUAGGGUUAGUGAAACGCUAAAACCUAAAAUUAAGAUUCUUAAUGAUUUGGGUAUUUUUGGGUCUGAUCUUGUUGAAGUAAUUUUGAUCAAUCCUUCGAUUUUGUUCCAAAAUUUGGGUCCUGCAAUACAGGCUUAUAAAACUGUUUUGGGUAGUGAUGGUGAUGUUGUUACUGUUCUGAAGCAAUCCAGUGGAAUCUCUUUUGAUUGCGCUGCUAAGUAUUUGAUUCCGAAUGUUAAUUUGUUGCAAAAUUAUUGUGUCGUUCCUACUGAAAAAAUCCAGAAUUAUAUUAUUCAGCACCCUAAGAGCUUUGCAGUGAGGACUGAUUUGUUUCGAGAUAUGUUGGUCAAGGUUGAAGUAGAGUUAAAGAUUCCUCGGGGCUCUUCAAUGUUCUUGUAUGGCUUCCACAUGAUGACUCGUGUUAGUGAUAAGCAUAUCGAGGAUAGAUGUGAAGUGUUUAAGAGCUUUGGAUGGACUCAAGCUGAUGUCAUGAGAUUGAUCAAGCAAAAUCCAUUGUGUUUGUGUUAUACGAAGGCAAGGAUUGAGAAAAGAUUAGACUUUCUGAUGAACCAACAGGGUUACGAGCCAUUCUACUUGUCAUUGCAACCUUUAUUAUUCAUUUGUAGCUUGGAGAAAAGGUUAUUGCCAAGACUACAGGUCAUACAGAUUUUGAAGGAAAAGGGGUUUUUAAGGAGGAAUUACCAUCUUUCUAGUGCUAUUGGCAUGACUGACUCUAUGUUCUUCAAAAGGUUUGUUCGUCCAUUUGAGGUAGUCCAUGAAGUUUAUGCCCAAAUGACGGGUUCUACUCUGGGGUCGCUUUUUUCAAGAGGCCAAACCUUUGAGAAUCUACCUCUUUCUAGGAGCGCUGGAACUUAAGCCAAUGGUGUCAUCGGAUUCCAAUGCUGCUUGAUGGUAUCAGGCAAUGUUAACUUUGAAUUUGUCAUCAAAACAACUUUCAUUAUUCUCACAAUAUCAUUUCCUUGUCAGAGUAGCAAUCUUACCUUUUGAAAAUGAACCAGAAAAGGUUGAUAGGCAAUUGUAAUUGGGAAGGCUUGAUUGCAGGAUAUAACUUUGUUCUGAGCAAUGAGUAGAAUUUUAAUGCAAUUCUUGCAAAGGGGCUUGACUCAGAUCUUUUUGCUAAAAGGAACCUCCAGUUUUUGGGAAGAGCAGUAUUUUCACCACCCGUCCAUCCGGCUACCACAAAGCAUCCAAAGCACCCCUUCCUGGUAUUUUCAUGCAUAGUUUGUUUUCAACCAUCCAACGGGAAGGGGAAGCACAGUUCAAGAUGCACUUGCACUGUCUGCAUGACUGUUAAAUGUCGGUGAAAAAGAAAAGACAGUCAAACAUGAAGUGGAGAAUAUCCUGAUAAUUCAUCAAAAGCAAAUUUCUAACAGACAAAUGUUCUAAGCUGAUACGGAAAAUAAUGGCAAAUCCUACAUUGAAGCAUCAGCACCAAACAGAAGAUGAAUCAAAGAUGGCCGAGGUCAAAAUCUGAUUAGGUUGUUACCUGAAAGUGGCAAGGACCAUAUCAAUAAAGGGAAUGGUGUAAUUAUUAUGAUGAUUUUAUAAAGUGAAGGAAUAUUUUUCAAUUAUAUUGUCAAGCAUAGCAACACAUGUGGGUGUGCACCUUCUUUGUAAGGUUGCCACAAGUCAUGCAUUCAUGCAUAUACAUAGUAUGGAAUAUCAAUUCAGAACAACAUAUAGCAUCAAUAUGCAGUACGCAAACAGUUAAACUUAGGUCUAUUGCAAGUUUGCAGGAGUUAAAUUUAUAUUCAAAUUUGGGCGCGUGUUUUUUUUUUUUUUUUUUUUUGGGGGGGGGGGGACAAUUAAGAAACUGGACCCCUUUUCUGGCAAAGUGGCUAGAUUAUGGGCUCUAGUAAAACACUAGUAUCCAAUGUACAUAGCAGCAGGAACAAAAAUACCAUACUUUCUUUGUUGCCAUCAAAAUACUUUAAGGUAUAACAUUGACACUAUAAAAUAUUAUAUGCGGGUAGAGGUGUUAACUAUAAGUGCAGUGGCGGACUUGGGCUUAGACCUGGUGGGUCAAGUGACUCACCAGGCCCAAAAAAAAAUUUUAAGUUAUUUUUUUAAAAAAAAAAAAAAAA